UGUCACCACAAAGGUAGUAAGUCAAAAUACGUUAGCUACAAGGUUCCUACUUUAUGGCCUUCGGAAGGUUUUAACUGAGGGACUUGUUCAAAAUGACAGCAGAAAAGGAGGGCACGUUUUCGAAAGUCACUGACUGUACUGCAGUUAAUGUUAUAAGGGACGAAGAUAACAAACUGCUAUUCAUUAAAGGUGGCGCAUUUCUGACCACUGUGGCUGUAGCUGGCAUGGUGGCAGGGUUUGGUACGACCUUGGCCAUGGCAAAGAAGAAAAGCCCGGAAUGGUUUAGCAAGGGUGUGACGGCCACUGCAGCAGCGCCACAGAGUGGCGCAUCCUUGGCAUUGCGGGCUCUGGGCUGGGGGUCACUGUACGCCUGGUGUGGGGUGGGCCUGCUCAGUUUCACCGUUUGGAAGGCUCUGGGAGUCCACAGCCUGACGGAGUUCCGACAGAAGAUGCAGUCCAUAUUCCCGGCUAUCCCAAAAAAGGAGGAAGGGCAAGCCAACGCAGAGCCCGUCGACUGGGAGUCGCUGUUCCAGUCCAAAUGAGAAGACGGGACGUUCAUCCCAGGGCUGGGGGCUGGUGUAUAUCACACACACAUACAGACGAUAUGAACAUCAGUAACUGCAGCUGAUGGAAUGAGAUGGCCUGUCUGGAUGUUGAAGCCCUAUACUGAGAGGACAGCGCCCCCUAGCUGUACCUGUGCCACAGUGAAACCCUGCCGUUGGUUAUUGGUCCUGUCAACUGCCGUUUGGUUGAACCUGACCGAGAAUGACUACAAGUUAGCGUUUUCACAAGCUGGAAGUUUGGGCCAGUCACGUUUAGGGAGGGCCUACUAGGUGCAAUGUUGAAAUGACGUUGCUCCUUCUCUUAGUAGUGGGAGACAGUCAGUUGUUGGCUUUCAUUGAGACUGAUACUGUAUCCAUGUUUAAUCUGUACAGUUUUGCUUGUGUAUUUAAAUGAGUAAUGGAGGCUUCUUGUUUUAUGUGUGACGUCAAGGCUGUGCUGAACAGGUGCAACGAUGUAAAUGGCACCACAGUGAAUGUACUCAAAGGAUGAGUGUUACGAGUCAAAGAAGCUGGUGUAUUUCUGGGUGCUGGAAGUGAGGGACUGAAAUUCUUGUCACCUUAGUUCAGUUACAAUCAGGUUUUGAUUUUUCUCCUGGCUGAUUCACUGCACUGGACUGUCAUUAAAAUGUACAGUCCCCAUUCUCCCCAGUAUUUUGUUGGGACUGAUUUGUGAAAUGCACGUGAUGCCGCACAUUCACUAAACCUGGAAAAAGUGACCAUUUACCGAGGUUUUAUUUCCUGUCUCCGGACUACACUUCCCAUCCAGCACCUGUUCACUCUGUAGCAGAGCUACCUUUCAGUUUCAUCUUUUAGCCCGAUUCAUUUUGGUUCUUGGAAGUAACAGUGUAAUUAAACCCACAGUUGCUUUAGGUACACAGAACACCCUGAACAGGGUCUGAAUGGAAAGCUGGAUUAUAGCGAUUUGCCAAAUCCUGAUGUGAAAUCAGUGGAAUGAAACAAUAUGCACAGUUUAGUAUGCUAUCUAGUACUGUGUGUUCCUGGGUGUUUGGCUGUAGAUAAUGGAACUAUGUCUUUGAAGGCCAAACAGGGACUUUCUACUCCAGCAGUCCUUUUCACCAUUUCAGUGAAAAGGCUCAAAUAAGAAAGCAAUCAAAAACGUCCUUCACAGUGACAAGAUUUAAUGUACAUUUAUUCUUAACAUGUGGAACAUAUAGUAUAAAGAUUUUAUACUGAAUAAAUGAUGUUCAUUGAGUCAGCGGAAAGAGACUUUACAGUUUUUACAUGUUUUUCUGUCAUUACUACAUUAUGUUGGAAUACAGUUACGCCCAUUUGCAUCACUGAAGGGAGAAAAUAAAUAUUUUGAUUCGUUUUUGUGUCUUUUGUAACCUCAACUAAUCCCCCCACAUUAACUAGUACUCACUCCCACAUCUGGUCAACAGAGCUGUCCACUACAGAACAGAACACACAGGAACUUUUUACAUACAAGGGAUCUUUACCCUCAUUUGAAGAUAUGACCAAAAUAAAAUUGUGUAAUAAAAUUAUUAACAGUUACAAAGGAGGGUUUUUUUUUAGCCUCACUUUGCAGUUAUACAACACCUUUUUUUUUUUUUUAAAAAAAGAAAAGAAUGAAGUAAAUUUAAAAUAAAAUAAAAAAAGAAAUGGUGAGGGCAUGUCCAAUGCACAACUUCUAUAUACAUAUCAGCCCAUGGGCAAAGUAGAAAAUGAUAGCACUCUAAUACAGGUUCUUAAAGAAACGGUUCCUCCGUGGAAGCUUUCUGCAGCUGUGGUUGGGCUAACGAGGAAGCAUGUCACUUUAACAAACCGAAGACUGUUUUCCUUUCGUCUGAUAGGCUGACAACACUGGUGGGUCAAAAUCAUGUAUUGCAUGGUGUAAAAAAAAAAAAAAAGAAAAAAAAAUUCACAACUGUCAGUAUAUCCCCUCCUCGCUUACCCACCCCAAAAAAGGCCAACUUGCACUAAAAUCCUAUUGCACAACUCAUUUUUUUUCAGAGACAGACACAUUUAUACAAGAGUAAAAUCAGUGUUCUUUAUCCCCACAUGUGGCAAGAAAAGUUCUAUCUACAAUAUUUCUCACAAUUUAAAUAAAUCUGCUUCCCAAAAACAAAACCACAGAGAAAUAUGUAUGAACAAUUAUAAAAACUCCGAGACAUUUAAAAGAAAGGGCAAGACAAAGAGAACCAAAGGAACCCUAUUCAAAAUUAGGCAUUGAUUUUUGGUUACAUGAAAAAAAAAA